UGGGCUGUCAUGUGAAAGGCUGGAACAGUUCGACCAGGAAAUCUCAGCUUGUUGAUAGAGCUACAGUUUAACUGCCCACCAUCUGGAAGCACAUAAGUUGUAUUUAGUGUUUAGGCCUAGUAUUUAGGAAAAAAGGUUUUAAUUUGUGCGCCAUGGCUUCUCUAUUCAAGAAGAAGACAGUCGACGGUAAGUUUGUUUUCCACUGCUAGUAGGCUUGUAACAAAGUAACAAAGUUGUUUGAAUUGGUGAGAGCCAGUCCGCCACCAACGAACAUAGAUAGACCUGCCUACUGAACGAGCCAGUUCAACUGUUUUACCAGUUCACCUGAUACCAGUUUGAAAAGUGAAGAUGCAUGUUUAUGUUACGAAAUCAACAAUGACAUUGGUCAACGUGGAAUCCUCUCAAGUUAGAUUGUGUCACAGUCUGAAACUAGACAAAUACUAUUCCACUUGUCUGUUUAUCAGUGAAAGUUGCUUGUUAAGUUAAAACCGGUGUCACAAUUUAUGACCAUCGUGUAACUGGUGUGAACAGUGUAGUUGCAUUAGGCUAAGUUAGUACAUUGUUACAUUGAUUUGAUGAUGCUGCCUAGUAUGUUCAAGGGUUACUUUAACUUACCUGCUGACUGCAACAGAUGAAUUCCAUGAUGAACAGCAUCUAGCAGUGUAAGUCCUGUAAGAAAGCUUUGUUCAGGUUUAGACGGAGCUAGUGAGAGAAUAAUGUGAUCCAGAAAUACUGGUGUAGAAUUAUUGUUACUUCACUCUGUUCAGUAAAAGACAGAUGGAUAAAAAUAAGGUUUAUCACACUGUCUACUCGAUCCAUUCCCUCUACUCUCUAAAAGUUACAUAUCGGGAUAUUAUUUUUGACUAUGUCGUAUCGUUUUGACAAUAUCGCAAUAUUAUUUUUGCGCCAGUUGGCUGUACUUGCACCAAAACUCCAGUAUUUUUCCUUCAUAGCUUGUUCUCCAUCUUUCUAAAUUAGGCACCAAAGUAUCUUGAUAAUAUCAUAUGGUGAGGUCCCUGGCAAUUCCCAGCAAUGAUCAUGUCAAGAUUUCCAUUAGGCUAUGUUUGACUGUAAAACACUUCUCAGUUUUCCUGUCUCAUAGAGUAGUCAAACAUGACGCAAGGGGAAACAAAAAGUCAUCAGUCAACCCUGAAGUGUGUGUGAGUUCAGGCUGCCUGUAAAGAUAACACAGUACAUGCCAUGCAGAUUUUUGCUGCUGCUGAUACUUAGAAAAUGUAGCAAUAUGUUGAAAGGAUUGAUUUUCAGGUCUCUCUUUAAAAAUAUAUUUGUAUCUCAAUGUGCCUAACCUCGAUAUAGAAAAUAAUAGGAAGAAAUGUCUCCAUCUUAUCGUGUAUUUCCUUGAGCCAUUGGAAUACUGUGCCUAAUGCCUAUCAGUCAAAAUGUAUUGGUCUUACAGGGUCAGAAUGCAACAGAACCCUUCCAAUAUAUAAUAAAUACAUUACAUCUAAAUCACUAACUUUAUUAAACAGAAACCUAUUGUAAGUUUCUAUAUAAUCCAUUUUAAGUUUCUACCUAAUUCAAUAUUAAUAAGCUCUUCCAUGACCACGGUCUCAUUGAUGGAGAAUCAAUAUUCACUUACUGUGAUUGUGCUGUACCUUUACUCAAGGCCAGAUAGUUGAUAGGAUAUCUCAGCAUCUCUAUCCCCUCUCUCAUUCUUUCUCUCUCCUCUCUCUCUGGGCGUGGGGUGCCAAGGUUGCCCAGUGUCGAGAAGCGGUGGUAUCCCGUGGUAGGGCGUGCGGGGUGCGAUGGCGGGCAGAGAAUAGCUGGUGGAGUUUUGUAGACGAUACCCCACCCUCUUUUAGACGUUGUCGUUACGUCACCCUGUACGUAGAUACUACUCUUCGCUCUCACAAGUGGUCCAGCUCUCUCUCUCUCUCUCUCUGGAGUUUUUUGGGUGACGAGGGCACCAUUGGUACCUAUAGCAAGGAUUCUCACUAAUUUCAGUUCAUUUUUCUCAACAUGUUUUACUUUAGGGUAAUUUUGUAAGAUUAUGGGAGCCUGCUAUUCUGCAACAACAUUUAUCUGCAAAAAUGUUACUGCAGUAUUCUUUUGGGGGGGAAGUAUAUAUAUAUUUUUCACUUUCCUAAUGCAUUUUCCUCUAAAAGCUUGACAUGCUUUACAACAACACAACUUUCACUGCUGCAUGCUUCAGUUUGGACUUCCACUGCAGGAAUUACCUGAACAUUAAACAAAUGCUUUCCUAUUAUUUAAAAAAAAUGUUUUAUUUAUACCUUUCUAUAGUUUUGAGGAAAAACCUUCUUUUGAGGAAUGAUAGCUAGUUUUCUGUUGAAUAUUUAGCGUUUUGAUCCAGCAAUGAAACAGAGGGUCAAUUUAGAGGUUGUGUUAGAGGUUGUUGGUAGCGCUUCUAGUACCCUCUCCACUGUAGAGAGAAUCUCUGGGAGUCCUCUCACUCUAGUGAAGGAGUCCAGUGCAAUGGUUUAGUGUAUCAGCUGGUGGAGUGCCCUAGCGCACUAUAUGUGUCUGCGGUAACCUUAGAGCUAAUAGCAGUGUAGUGGGGGCCAUGUCCUCUACCCAAAUACAGGAGCUGGGACGGCUGGGACACAUUCACAGCAGGGUGUGUGAGAGAGAGAAUGUGUAGGACAGUAAGUGUGCCUUUGCCUACAGACAUGCCUGGUCUCAGGGACUGCUCUUCAACCAAACUCAUAAUCCACAGCAGGGUGUGUGUCUUAUAUUUGGGACUGCUGCUGAAUGACUCUUCAUGCAUGCCUUCACUUAUCCACUUAAUUUCAUGCUUGUGCCUAUAUUGUCCCUUUUGAUGUUACACUUCAAGUUUUUUUUAUCCUGCCUUAAAACGUGGAUUCUUAUUUAUUUAUUUUUGUUACAUUAUUGCUGUUGUAUGUAUGAAGUCAGGAGCCUGGUGUAUUUUUAUUGGAAACCCUUGAAACAAGACGCAUCACAUAGUUUACCCUGCCUAUAUUUCUAAAAGUAUAAAUAAUAUGGUAUUAAGGAAUGUUUUUAGUCUGGGUCUAUCUGAAGUAUGAAUUAUCUCAAUAAGAGUUCAAUCCUGAGCUCUUUUUAGUGUUGGUCCCUCUGUACAUUAAGAAAGAACCCAGUUUUAUCGUGUACAGUUGAGUCUGGUAUUUGGAGCAUAGUGUGUGUGUCGGACUGUGUUACACACGCUGUGUCAGGGUAAUGGGUAGUGUGUGAGGCAGGGAUGGCUUAGAGUCCAGGCUCAGCCCUGUGAAUGAGGAAUGUCCAGAGCUAUUGUCCCUGUCUAUCUACCCGUGUGAACAGAAUGUUACUCUGCUUCUAUAGCUUUACAGAAAGCCCAAUGCCCAGCAUAACUGUAUGUAUGUAUGUAAUAAAAAAACAGUUUGAUUCAAUAACUGUGUAUGUUCGUAGGGUAAAUGUUUUUCUAAUUUCUCUCUCUCUCUCUCUCUCUCUCUCUCUCUCUCUCUCUCUCUCUCUCUCUCUCUCUCUCUCUCUCUCUCUCUCUCUCUCUCUCUCUCUCUCUCUCUCUCUCUCUCUCUCUCUCUCUCUCUCUCAGACAUUAUAAAGGAACAGACUAAGGAGCUUCGAGGUACUCAGAGACAGAUCGCUAGAGACAGAGCUGCUCUGGAGAAACAAGAGAAACAAAUGGUGAGACCCCCUCACCCUAUGAAGUGCUGUAGGAUGGCGGCAGGUUUUAGUUUCUCAGUACAACCUUUUCCUUAGAUUAUUGCUGAUUGCAUCAAAUGUGUGUAAAUGACUGUAGGCAAAUCUGGCUCCAUCCUACCCCCUACCUCCACUCACAUCCCUUUCCUGCUCUGUCUGUCUGGCCUAAAGGAUGCUUAGCUAACGACUGGGAUAGAAAAACAGGUUUGGACAGGUAGAAUAGCUACAGGGGAAAGAGGAGGUAGAACACGUCCACACACACACACACACACACACACACACACACUGAGUCACCAUAGGGCUGUGUGAACAGCAGAAUAGAACAUUUCCCACUAUAUCAGAAGGAUGAAUGGAAGAGUGGUCUCUCUGUUGUAAACAUCACCCAGGCCAUAAUUACCUUCCCAGGGACCAGCUUUUUAUUACUCAAUAAUAUUUAUCCUAAUUAAUCUAGUUUUUAUCUUUGUUGUUGGUCUGAAAAAAAGCUAUUCUCUAAGAAGAGAAAGUGACCUAUAUUACAAUUUAGCAUAAAUGCAUUUGUGACAGACACAUUUGUGUCUGUUUACGCUUCCUCUUCUGGGGCUGCUGUAGUUGCUAUGCUGGGAGACUUAUUAUUAUUAUUAUUAGACUCUUAACACAGAGACUACUGGGGCUUUCAGCACAUUUGGAGAAUAACAUUUUUUCGUCUUCAACAAGAUAUCUAUAUUAUUCAGCAAAGUGUAUGUACUGGCAUGGAUCCAGGGAUAGCCCAUGAUUUGAAUUUAUAGCCACUUUAUUCUAUAGAACAACUUGGUUCAUUAUUCAGAUGAAAAAUAGCAUGUUUUGUCACCUCUAUCUAGCUGAAAUAUUGUCCUGGUCAAGUGAGCAUUUCAGUAAAUAUAGUACAAUGCAAUGAGGAUAAUGAAACACAGUUCAUUUCAGUAGUAAUAAUAAUUAUAGUACAUACAGUAUGAGAUACACCACAUGGAUUCGGUCAUAUGUAGCAACAUUUGAAUUUUUUUUUUUUUUUUACAUUGGAUAAAAGUAGAAACUCAGAGCUAUAAAAUUGUAUAUCAUACACUGCAGUUGAGGAACAAUGGUAAAGUAAUUAUUAUUUGAAUGUUGACAAACAUUUAACCCCACUUGUGAGAAAAUGGCCCAUAAAAGUUUUGGUACACCUACUGGAGACCUCUUCUUUGUCUUCACCCAUUCAGCAUAGUUCACACCCUCUUAAGCCUUAGCCCCACCCAUCUCUUUAAGGAUUCACAUGUGAGGCCAUGUGCUAGUCAGAGUAAAUAGGUAGUGUAGUAAACAAUCAAAGAUUUCAAGAUUAAAAGUAGUAGCAAAAAGUAGUAGUAAAAAUACACUUUAUCUAGUCCUUGGGCUAUAUCCUAAUCUGACUUUGGUGCAGGUCAUGUUGUUCUUCACAUUACCGUCUCUGGUAAACACACUAUAUCAAAUUAAAUCUACGUUUAUUUGUUACAUGCACAGGAUACAGAAAGUGUAAACGGUACAGUGAAAUGGUUACUUGCAUAGUAGUCUUGUGUUUAGAAAUGUAGCUGGCUAGCUAUCUUAACAAUGAACCAUAAUCCCAACUCAUAAUGCCAUGCACCAUGCAUGCAUUUGCAGGUAGCUAAAGCUAACCAAUGAUGUUCAAUGUUAGCUAGCUAACAAUAGGCUAUAACUAGCAAUGCAAAUGGUUUUCUGAGAUACAAAUAAUAUUACUACACAGAUCAUACACGUACUGUUAGCUAGCGAGCCAGCCAGCUAACAUUAGCUAGCUAACAGUACGCUUUAACUUGCAAUGAAAACACCUUUGUGACAAAAUUAGCUAGACUCUUACCCGUAUACAUGGAUGAACGCAUCUCCCUCUGUCAUGGAUGCCAUGGUUACCCUUAGUUUGAAGAUGUAAUCUGGAGACAGGUGUUUUAUACAGCAGCCUCCUGUGUUCUCUUUUCGACUCUCUCCACAUUUGGGAAUCAUCUCUCUGGUUCCAACUGGCAUUCCACUGAUUUCAAAACUCGCUCAUCUUCUUCCGAGACAACAACACUGUUGAUCGCUGUUUCUUCUGAUGACAGUGAUGGGGGAAGACUACAAUGUCUGGUUCAAUUAAAAUGUUUUUUCCUAAAUCAGGGAUUUCCUCAUCGUCUGAUUCAUUUGCAGAGUCGGAGAGAGUCAGCAUGGCACGAUCGUCCUCCAGAAAGUAGUCCAUCAUGACUUUUUCCCACUGAUUUUUGUCGAUAGGGCUAUUAACCUCAGGGCAGCAAUGCUACACUUAUAAAAUAAGCCGCGGUAGAAAGGAUUAUCUACACAUACUGAGCAGCUCAUGUUAUAGACAGAAGCAUGCUACAUGGCAGACCAAUCCGAACUCCUCUCCCGGCAUGUCCAGCCCAUCCAUUAUCUCAGCCAAUCAUGGCUAGCGGGAAGGUUCCUGUAUUUUUCCGUGGCUAAACCAACUAGGCUCGUAAUUUAACAAUUGUAUUCGUAUUUAAAGAUGGCAUACAAGUUUGUUAUUAAGGCACAUGAAAGUUCACAUGUUCGCGAAGGCAUUUCUGCCAAAAAAUGCUUUUUGAUUUAAAAAAAACGUUAAAAUGCCACUCCUGUGAAGUAGUGACGUGCGACAUACUCCUAGUUACUUGAAACGGGUCACAUAUAAUUGUGUCUACAGGUACAACACUACUGCUGUUGUAUUGUGUAAUCUUUGGUCGAUACAUUUAAUUAAAUAAAAAUAAGAUAAAGAAAGAAUGGCUGAUAAAUAAAUAAACAUCAAAAUGUAUGUGGAUGAUGGUUUUACUAUGUAUUAUUUGUAAGUUAUAUACAAUGUAAAUACUUCAUGGAAUUAAUGGUAAUGGGAUGUCCCUCAGGCUUUGGCAAUCAUAUACAUAUCUGACAGUAAUAUUUGCGGUUUCUCCCUCACCCAGAAUAAUUUCCAGCUUUAUGUUAUUAGUAAAUGCACAGAAGUUGGGAAUUGAUUGAGACUUUCUUGAAAAAAAGAUUAUCUUAUUUGGAAGUAUUUCUCACAGUAGAGGAAAAAGUGCAUCUGUCUCUACCUCCCCUGUCAUGCAGUGACCACAUAGACUAUCUUCUUUGGGUAACCAUGUCUUUUUGUGUCUCCCUGUUUCUAUAGCCAAUUGGUGGUCACUGAGCCUUUAUUUGGUCAGGAUCUGACUCUGUUUUGUGUCUCUGACAGAGUAGAGAUAUUCUGCCCAUUUGUAUUAUCUUUCGAGGGCCAAAUAGCAAUUUAGUUUAUUCUGUGUUUUUGUUUUGUUUUCCCAAUUUGUCAAAUAGGAGGUUUUUCAUUUCUGUAACAACUUGAUUGAUUUCCUUGUGUGUUUGGAUAAUAGGGUGUUUAGUGUUUUUAACAGCUGACAUAGGGGACUCUUAUUUUUUUCAGGGUUCAGUUCUUGGGUUUCCAGUGCUUUGAAUUGUAAGAAUGUUUUGGGGCAUAAUUUCAAAUGGUGCCAACAUUUGUUCUUUUCUUUAUAUUUACAAAUGAAGGGAAUCGUCUGAUUUCCGCUCUGCAUGUAUUAUUUGGUACUUUCUUUUGAAAAUGUAGGAUGAUUCUGCAGAAUUCUCUAUGUAGAUUUUGUAUUGGGUUUUUCUCCCAAUGCUUAUAAUCGUAAUUACAGGUUGGACCCCAAACCUCGCUUCCAUAUAGUGCAAUUGGUAAAAUUACACAAUUGAAUAUUUUGCAGAGUUAAAUGCUUUGCGGCCUUUUUCUUUAGUGCAUUCACUGCCAGACCAAAUCCACCAGAGGCACAGCUUUUUUGUCCCGGGUAGUUGUACCAUUGGGCAUGUUCAACCAUGGUAUUUCUUAAUCAGCUGCUCUGAUUCCUGGCCUUUUUCUGGAAAAUCACAACUUUGGUUUUCUGAAAGUUGAUAUUGAUUGCCCAGUUGAUGCUGUAUUCCCAAAGAAUGUAAAGUUUUUCCUGUAGACCUUGCUCUGUUGGUGACAGUAGGACAAGGUCAUCUGUGCCACUCGUCAUCCCAGCCUAGAUCACUGUUACAUAUUUCAAUGUAAUUUUGCUUUAUGGCAGAUAGCAAAUAGAAGCAUCAUUAUUCUUACAUUUUCUGUCUAUUCUAAUCAUGAAUCUGUUUAGCAGGCAGAGACAGACGGCACCUGUUUGUUUGUCUAAGGGGUAAUGUAAUGGAAAUCUGCCUACUCAGCUGUUUAGCAGAGCGCUCUACCUAAGGAGGAGACUGGAUCUGCUGAACAAUCAUCUCCUUCACUCAGCUCUUCUCCACUCUACAUAGCACUGAUCAUCCUAAUGACAGUUUAACCCGCACUACAUACUGACAGAGAGAAGGGGUGAAGGGAUGGGAGGAUUAUUCCUGUAAACAACUGUAAUAAUGAUCAUUAAUAAAUGAUUGUUUUGAGGACUGGCUCUUCAGAACAAACACAUAAACACAGACACACAGGGCUGCAGAUGCAACUGUACUGUUUCCCAGGGGACAUAGCUUUACAGCCUUGCAGUGUGUGUUCCCUCAGGCUGAGAGGCUGUUUUACCAAAGCUAAGAAAGGCUGCUAGCUCUCAGGUGUUUAGACCAUCGACAAAUCACAGUAUUUACACUGUUUAUACUCUAACAGGGCUCCCUGGGGAAACUGAUGUGUAUGUGUUGUAUAUUUGAAUGUAUAUGUAGUAAUGUACAGUAUGUGUCUAUAUGAGUGUAGUGAAGUUGGCCGUUUACAGCCGAAUGCAAAGCCAGUCAGAAGCUCCCCCUUGCUAAUCCCCCUAUUCCUCCCCUCCCCUGUAGGAGAUUGAGAUCAAGAAGAUGGCUAAGUCUGGGAACCGCGAGGCGUGUAAGAUCCUGGCCAAGCAGCUGGUACAGCUGAGGAAGCAGAAGAACAGGACAUACGCCGUCAGUUCAAAGGUCACCUCCAUGUCCACACAGACCAAGGUCAUGAACUCUCAGAUGAAGAUGGCUGGCGCCAUGUCUUCUACGGCUAAGGUAAAGAGCACCACACACAUGCGUGCAUUCACACACACACAUUUUGGAUGUUGGGCCUCCAAAAGUCAGACAUUUUUUUAUUGUAUUGUAGCUCCAAACACACACAUCUGUGUGUCUGUGUAAAUGUGGCCAAAAGCAGACUGACUAACCCAGUUAAAACAUUAAAACAGCUUCUCCAAAACAGCAGAGUUCACAGGAUUCCUCUCCUCUCUUCAUCUCUGAGUGUGUGUGAGAAUUAGUGUGUCUAUAUAUCCUGUCAUCCCCUCAGGAUGUGAAUGUUUGUCUGAUUGGGUGGAGAUUCUCAUUUCACCCUCUUCCAUCCUAUACCUGUUCACAGCUCAGAGACACAGAUCAGAUGACAUCCUUACACAUCUUAGUUGUUAUCAAUUAAGUAAUGUAUCUGGUAAUGUAUAAAGUAGCAUAUCUAAUUAGCCCAGUUAUAGGACUAUUAGCCCAUUAUGUUUAGCGCUUUGAAUGUGAACUAGUUACAGUCGGCAAGUAUUUAUUCAAGAAAUUCAGAACUAAGAACAGAAAUAGCCCCUGGUUCACCCCAGACUUGACUGCCCUUGACCAGCACAAAAACAUCCUGUGGCGUACUGCAUUAGCAUUGAACAGCCCCCGCGAUAUGCAACUUUUCAGGGAAGUCAGCAACCAAUAUACACAAUCAGUUAGGAAAGCAAAGGCUAGCUUUUUCAAACGGAAAUGUGCAUCCUGUAGCACUAACUCCAAAAAGUUUUGGGACACUAUAAAGUCCAUGGAGAAUAAGAGCGCCUCCUCCCAGCUGCCCACUGUCACCACCGAUAAAACUACGAUAAUCGAGAAUUUCAACAAGCAUUUUGCUACGGCUGGCCAUGCUUUCCACCUGGCUACCCCUACCCCCGGCCUCCAGCUCUGCACCCUCCGCUGCAACUUGCCCAUGCCCCCCCCCCACGCUUCUCCUUCACCUAAAUUCAGAUAGCUGAUGUUCUGAAAGAGCUGCAAAAUAUGGACCCCUACAAAUCAGCUGGGCUAGACAAUCUGGACCCUUUCUUUCUAAAAUUAGCUGCCGAAAUUGUCGCAACCCCUAUUACUAGCCUGUUCAACCUCUCUUUCGUGUCGUCUGAGAUUGGAAAGCUGCCACGGUCAUCCCCCUCUUCAAAGGGGGUGACACUCUGGAUCCAAACUGUUACAGACCUAUAUCCAUCCUGCCCUGCCUUUCGAAAGUAUUUGAAAGCCAAGUUAACAGAUCACCGACCAUUUCGAAUCCCACCGUACCUUCUCCGCUAUGCAAUCUGGUUUCCGAGCUGGUCAUGGGUGCACCUCAGCUACGCUCAAGGUCCUAAAUUAUAUUAUAACCGCGAUUGAUAAAAGACAGUACUGUGCAGCCGUCUUCAUCGACCUGGCAAAGGCUUUCGACUCUGUCAAUCACCGCAUUCUUAUUGGCAGGCUAAAUAGCCUUGGUUUCUCAAAUGACUGCCUCGCCUGGUUCACCAACUACUUCGCAGAUGGAGUUCAAUGUGUCAAAACGGAGGGCCUGUUGUCUGGACCUCUGGCAGUCUCUAUGGGGUGCCACAGGGUUCAAUUCUCGGGCCGACUCUAUUCUCUGUGUAUAUCAAUGAUGUCGCUCUUGCUGCUGGUGACUCUUAGAUCCACCUCUACGCAGACGACACCAUUUUGUAUACAUCUGGCCCUUCAUUGGACACUGUGUUAACAAACCUCCAAACGAGCUUCAAUGCCAUAAACACUCCUUCCGUAGCCUCCAAUUGCUCUUAAACGCUAGUAAAACUAAAUGCAUGCUCUUCAAUCGAACGCUGCUUGCACCCGCCCGCCCGCCCGACUAGAAUCACUACUCUCGGCGGGUCUGACUUAGAAUAUGUGGACAACUACAAAUACCUAGGUGUCUGGUUAGACUGUAAACUCUCCUUCCAGACUCACAUUAAGCAUCUCCAAUCCAAAGUUAAAUCUAGAAUCUGCAUCUUAUUUCGCAACAAAGCCUCCUUCACUCAUGCUGCCCUCGUAAAACGGACUAUCCUACCGAUCCUUGACUUCGGCGAUGGCAUAUACAAAAUAGCCUCCAACACUCUACUCAGCAAAUUGGAUGUAGUCUAUCACAGUGCCAUCCGUUUUGUCACCAAAGUCCCAUAUACUACCCACCAUUGUGUCCUGUAUGCUCUCGUUGGCUGGCCCUCACUACAUAUUCGUCGCCAAACCCAGUGGCUCCAGGUCAUCUAUAAAUCACUGCUAGGCAAAUCCCCGCCUUAUCUUAGCUCAUUGGUCACCAUAGCAACACCCACCCGUAGUAUGCGUUCCAGCAGGUAUAUCUCACUGGUCAUCACCAAAGCCAACACCUCCUUUGGCCGCCAUUCCUUCCAGUUCUCUGCUGCCAAUGACAGGAAAGAACUGAAAAAUCUCUGAAGCUGGAGACUCUUAUCUCCCUCACUAACUUUAAGCAUCAGUUGUCAGAGCAGCUUACUGAUCACUGCACCUGUACACAGGCCAUCUGUAAUUAGCCCACCCAACUACCUCAUCCCCAUAUUGUUAUUUAUUUGGCUCAUUUGCACCCCAGUAUCUCUAUUUGCACAUCAUCUUCUGCACAUCUAUCACUCCAUUGUUAAUACUAAAUUGUAAUUAUUUUGCACUAUGGCCUAUUUAUUGCCUUACCUCCAUAACUUACUAAAUUUGCACACACUGUAUAUAGAUGUUCUAUUUUUCUAUUGUGUUGUUGACUGUACGUUUUUGUUUAUCCCAUAUGUAACUCUGUGUUGUUGUUGUUUUUUUAUCGCACUGCUUUGCUUUAUCUUGGCCAGGUCGCAGUUGUAAAUGAGAACUUGUUCUCAACUGGCCUACCUGGUUAAAUAAAGGUGAAAAAAAAUAUAUAUAUAUAUAUUCAUGUAUUAAUGAUCAAUCUGUUUCUAAUCAGAGCAUUGUCUCUGUGUGUGGUAGUUAAUUAGUCAUGAUCGGGAUGUCUGAUUGGCUGGUAGGAAACAGAGAGAGGUCUAAUUCUGUGAGACCUAUCUGUAACAGAAAAAUGUAUGUGUUUAGGGAGGACCACUCCUUUGUUUGUUACCAGGCUGAGGUGGCAGAGAGUAGCUGAAUGUGUGCAUUGUGUACCUACCCCACGAUGACUCCUGCUACUCUGGGAUAAGGCUUCAGUCUGGAGGGAAAACAUUAAAGUCUCCCCAAAACAAUGGGUCUGCAGAGAGACCCACUAACAACAGGGACACACUUGAAAAAAGUUUGAGAGCAAUAUACAAAUGACAUCUAAUUAGAUGUGGCGUGUGCUGCUCAUUUGGCUGUUUUUGGCUCCGGCGUGAAACUAGGCCAUGGCUGAUAACACACAGGAAGAAGAGGCAGAAUCCCUCUGCGUGUUGAUGAUGCGCAUACAUGCUCUGGGAGUUGUGUAUUGUGUCUGUGUAAUAUAACAGUUUUGGUGGUGUAAGUCUUGUGUGUCUGUAUGUUUGUCCAGACGAUGCAGGCGGUGAACAAGAAGAUGGAUCCUCAGAAGACCCUCCAGACCAUGCAGGACUUCCAGAAGGAGAACAUGAAGAUGGGCAUGACAGAGGACAUGAGUAAGACCUGCUGUCAUUGGCUCCCUAGCCUAAAAGUUUAACAUUUAAAAGAUGCACAAUAGUAACGGACCAAAAAAAACUGUCAAAGUCCGAACCAAAAAGCCCAUACAGAUCAAUGUGUUAGCCUAGUGGUUCAAUGACCUGUUAACUUGCAGCUUUUAACGGUAAACUGACUAGUACCUCUGUUUGUCUAUCUGCCUCUCUUUUUCUCUGUCUGCCCCCUUUCCCCCUCUACCCCUCUCUCUCUCUCCCUCCCUCCCUUGCUCCCUCCAGUCAACAAUACAUUAGAUGAGAUAUUUGAGGAGUCAGGAGACGAGGAAGAAUCUCAGGACAUUGUGAACCAGGUUCUGGACGAGAUCGGCAUUGAGAUCUCUGGAAAGGUAAGACAUACUGCCCUAUGCCAUUCCCAAGUCACUUCUCCCUAUAAGCAGUCCUCUGGAAAGGUAAGACAUAGUCCUGUACCAUCUCAAAGCCCCCCCCCCCCCGAUCUGGAUGCUUUGAGGUGUAACAGACAUAUAGACAGACAAUAGGAGGAGAGCGGGAUAGCCCUUAGCCUGCCUGUCUUAAUGGGAAGAUAGCCUGUAGACCAGUGUUUCCCAACUCCAGUCCUCGAGUAUCCAACAGUAGGGCCGGGACGAUACCAGUAUUACGAUACUCGUUAGUAUCGUGGCAAGGAAACAAAACACAAAGUGGAUUUAACUUCUUUAGGAAAACAGCCCUAAUGUUGGAAACAUUAUGUUGUCAUCCAGAGUCACAUUUAUUUAUUUUCCAACCUAAAGCAGACAAUAUUUUACAUACAGCAGGUUUUUAAAGGACCAAAGAGUUCUGUCUGCCUCGUGUUUUCAUUUUUGUCAUGUAAAAAAUAUUGCGAUACUGGUAUCGUCAUAGCCCUACCCAACAGCACACAUUUUUUUUGUAGCCCCGGACAAACUCACCUGAUUCAACUUAUUGAGGGCUUGAUGUUUAGUUGACAAGUUGAAUCAAGUGUGUUUGUCCGGAGCUACAACAACAAUGUGUGCAGUUGGGGGUACUGGAAGACUGGAGUUGGGAAACACUGCUGUAGACUGUGCCUGUCGCCUGCCUGCCUGUCUUUAUGGGAAGAUUGCGUGAAGGCCCCUAGUGGGUUUGUGGGGGAACUGCAGUGGGGUUGCCAAAAUUCAAAUAAAAAUACAUGUGUGUUUUUGUGUGUGUGUGUGUGUGUGUGUGUGUGUGUGUGUGUGUGUGUGUGUGUGUGUGUGUGUAUGUAUGUAUGAGUACAGAUUAUUGUAUGGGACAAUAUACAAACGGUUUUGAGAAAGAUUUGAAAAACAUUUUGAGUAGAUGUAUUUAUUGGUUUAUAUUAAUUUAGAUAAGAGAUGAAUGCAAUGAAUUAAAGGUUAGUUGUUGAUGUAAAAAUCUAAAUGUACAGAUUUUAAGGUUGUGUCAUUAGAUUUGGUUGAGGUAGCGAGAAAUUCAUGGGGGGAAAAAAUGGGGUCCCCGCUGAAAAAGUUUGAAUACCACUGCUGUAGACUGCCUGUAGCCUGCCUGUCUUUAUUGGAUGACAGCCAGUUACUGUAGCCUGCCUGUCUUUAUGGGAUGACAGUCUGUAGUCUGUGCAUGUAGCCUGCCUGUCUUUUAUGGGAUGAUGGCCUAUACCAGGGGUGUCAAACUCAUUCCACUGAGGGCCGAGUGUCUGCAGGUUUUUUUUUUUUUCUUUCAAUUAAGACCUAGACAACCAGGUGAGGGGAGUUUCUUACUAAUUAGUGACCUUAAUUCAUCCAUCAAGUACAAGGGUGGAGCGAAAACCUGCAGACACUCGGCCCUCCGUGGAAUGAGUUUGACACGUGCUGUAGACUGUGCCUGUAGACUACCUGUGUGGUGAUAAAUGAGAGGCAGUUACAGUGACUGUCGAUCUGGCAGAGAACCCACUCCCCCUGGGGGACAGCAUGUGUUACUAUACCACUGCUCUCUAUGCAGAAGGGCUACUGUGUGUUGUAAGCCCAGUGCCAGUGUUAACCUGUUGUAAUGUGUGUCGUAAGCCCAGUGCCAGUGUUAACCUGUUGUAAUGUGUGUUGUAAGCCCAGUGCCAGUGUUAA